GUUUUCGAUGACGUAUGCCUUGUUCUCACUCCUGCUGCGGAUGCCACCCUUCUAGAUCUCAUCCGGGAUGCAACCGUGGAUAUAAAGCUCAGGAUGUCUCUCCUGUGUGAUGCGCUGCGCGGCCUCCAGUUCCUCCAUUCGCAAAGCUACAUCCACCGCGACGUCAAGCCCCAGAACAUCAGCAUGUACGCCAACCAUGCAGUACUCCUAGAUCUCGGCAGUGCCACCCGUCUAUCUUCCCCCACAGCCACCCUCUCCGCAACGCCCGGUCGAUUUGGCACCAUUGAAUACCUGGCUCCUGAGUUUGAGAAAUCCGAAUAUGGCACAGCUGCGGAUGUGUGGGCCCUUGGUGUGUCAGCCUUCGAACUCUUGUACCGCUACCACCCAUUCAGGCACAGCAAGAACCCUUGGCGAGCGGGUGCUGAAUACCUGCAACCGGCCUUCCGGCAACAGGAGCAGAUGGCUGUCCAGCUCCUCCGGAGUUCCAAGGACGGUGUGGGCGGCGUUAUACUGCGCAUGCUGCGCUAUCAAUGGUCAGAGAUUAAUUCAGCCAUGCGAAUAUCGGCCACAAGAGCCCUCGAGUUCCCUUGUUGGGACGCGCUUGAUGAGAGCUACUCACCGCCAAGGAAGCUGGCCAAGAAGUAGGUGGGUGGUGAGAUUCUUCUGUGGUGGAAGGGACGGCAUCAACGGAGUCUCCGGCAUGAAAACAUUUCAUUGUAUUGGCCCUGGUUGUUUUAUGGGCUCUGGAGUAGCAUUUGGUAACGGAUAUCAACGGUUGCAGCCUGAUAGCCUCAAAGUGGAGGUCCACUUGUACUUAGAAGUCACUGUACCCAAGCUCCUACAAG